AGGAAGAGAUCGGUUGGUGCGGCACAUCAGAAGGAUUUCCCUGUAAUUAAUCACUGACUACCUGUGUGGCGUUGCGAUUUAUCGAAGAGCCAUUAUAGUGGAUAGCGACGGUCCACUUUCAAAGGUUUGGAGGCUGACUUGCUGUGAGCUUGCUGGACUUCUUGGAAGAAUUUCCUUGAUUAUGUACUGCCCAGGGAGUGGAGGAUGUGCAUACAUUUCAUUGAUUAAUUUUGAUGAGUGGGAUAAUAUCAAAUUUUCAAGUUUCGGAGGCUGAUUGGUACGUGUGGACUCACCUAGAGGUUGUGGGACUUCUCUGAAGGAUUUCCUUGAUUGAAAUAGUCCAAAGCAAGCGGAAGAUGUGCAUACAUUGCGUUUGGGCAUGACUGGUUGCAUCAGAAGAUUGAGAUAAUAACCAAUUUUCAAGUUUCGGAGGCUGGUUGGUAGGUGUGGACUCACCUUGAGCUUGUGCGACUUCUAUGAUAAGUCUCCUUGAUUGAAUUGUUGAAAGUACACACAGUAACUGACUUGAUUACUCCCCACUGAGUGGAGAAUGUCCAUGCAAUGUAUGCAGGCAAAAAAGAUAUAAUCAGAUGACAGGGAUGAUGAUAAUCUGUGAAAGUUCAGAUGCUACAUGUAUAUCUGCCAUACCUGAUGAAUAAUGGAAUGAUUAUUAGUACCGGUAGAGGAUCUGACAUCUUCUGGAUUGGUUCUUAGAGAUUUUUCAGACCAGAAGCAGUGUACAUGGUGUAGACUCACCUCAAAGUCUUGAUUUGCAAUUGGACAGUAUACAUUAUUUCAUGUGAUUCAUUCAUUUGGAUGGAUGAAUUAUUCUUCUUUAAUAUGUUAUGCUGGUUUAUGAUGCAGACUUCUGUCACUGGCUGUGUUUGUGGUGAUUUUUAGGGCCAGGACCAGCAAAGACUCACUUUAAACCUUGGCUGGCGGUUGGAAACAUGCAGUACUCCAUGUGAUUUAUUAAUUCUAGGAUCCUUUUGUCUUUUUCUGAUCCUUUCAGUUGGCAUGCAGGUUUUAUGUCACUUAAAGACCUUUUGGAUGAGUGGAUUUCAUUAAUUGACAUUGCAAGAAGACAUUCAGGUUUGAUACGGUUCUUCUGUCACACAUGUAACUUAGUAAACCAAAAUAAAUCUUCAAAUUGAGAAAGAAAACAAAGCAAUUGUUGAAAAAGUUGGCUUCCUCAAAAAAUGUGACAGUGGUGACAUUGAAUUUAUUUCUCCAGCCAUUUGUAUCGUCAUCAAUUAUUACAAAUGUACUAGCAGCAAUUAUCAGCAGCUAAGUUUAUCGUCAGUGUUUGAGAUUGGAUUGAAUAUUCAAAGUCUCCUGUUACAUCAAUAGGAAAUCGUUUUUAAGUGCUUUUAAGAAGGCUUGACAACCAUGGCAACCACGUUGUAGCUAGCGAGGAGUCGGCAAUCAACAUCCCAGCCGUGGCGGCCGCUCACGUGAUCAAGAGGUACGCCGCGCAGGCACCAGACGAGAUCUCAUUAGAGGUGGGAGACAUGAUCUCGGUGAUUGACAUGCCUCCGCCCGAGGACACGUCUUGGUGGCGCGGCAAGAAUAAAUUUGACGUGGGCUUCUUUCCCCGGCAAUGCGUUGAGAUCAUCAGUGAAAAACUACCACAGGCUGUCGCUGAGAGGGUACCUAAAGGCCCCAAACCAGAAGUGAUGUCAUUGGAAGCAUCUGGGACAUGGUCUCAAACAGGGUCUACCAACACUCAAACUAGCAUGUUGAGGAAACAUGGCAAGCUCAUUACAUUCCUUCGUUCCUUCAUUCUGGAGAGACCUACGAGGAGAAGGUUAAAACAGAGUGGUAUCUUGAAGGAAAGGGUGUUUGGAUGCGAUCUAGGAGAACAUCUGCUCAACACGGGCACUGAUGUUCCCUCUGUUGUGCAAGAUUGCUGUCAUUUCAUUGAGCAGUAUGGUAUAUGUGACGGCAUAUACCGGUUGUCGGGCGUGGCUUCUAAUGUCCAGUACCUUCGGGAUCAGUUUGACAGCGAGACCACGCCCAAUCUUGAUGAGUAUAAGAAGGAUAUUCACUGUGUGUCGUCUGUAUGUAAGCUGUACUUCAGGGAGUUACCCAAUCCUCUACUAACGUAUCAACUCUACCAGAAGUUUGAGGAGGCUGCUAUGUCAGGGGAAGAGAAUCGACUGAUGAAGAUGCACGACACGGUGCAGCAGCUCCCACCGCCACACUACCGAACCCUCCAGUUCCUCAUCCGUCAUCUCUCCUACAUGUCAUCCUUCAACGCCGAGACCAGUAUGAACAUCAAGAACCUCGCGAUUGUAUGGGCACCAAACCUGCUCAGGUCAAAGGACAUCGAGACGGGUUCGUGUGCAGCAUUCAUGGAAAUCAAAGUUCAAGCCACGGUUGUAGAGUACCUAGUCAAGCACUGUGAUCUCAUCUUUAAUGAUAAACUCUUUCCAGAUGUCCCAGGUAUCGGUCAGGAGAUGCAACGCCCUAAAUCCCUGGUCCUGUCCACCCCUACGAAGCUCCUCUCCUUGGAAGAGGCCAGGGCGAGGUCGUCGUCUCAAGGGAAUGAUGGAGGAGAUAAGGAGGAGAAACCCAAGUUCAUUGAGGUCGGUGGAGGGCCGGCAGCUUUACCCAAGCAGUACCAUACAGUCAUAGAUCUACCUCCAGAAAGCCGCAAGAGAUUCUCUGCUUCCAAGGCCAAGAAGUCACCAGGAUGGAAGGCUUUCUUCUCAAGAUCGACAGGAAAGGAGGUCAAACGGAAGAUGUCCCACGACGUCCCCGGCUCGUUGCGGGUACCUGCAGCCAAACACUUUGGUUCCAGGGCCCAUCGGACUAGCCUUCGAUCCGUCAAGAGUGCAGAAUCGCUCUCCUCAGCCGAGUCGGCUACAGAGCUCCAACACCAAGAUACUGUCCGAUUCAAAGGUCAUGUACGUCGCAGUUCAGUUGCUUGCAUGGAGAAUACCCUCAGAAGAUCGUCCUCAGAUUCUUUCUUUGAGGUCGAUGAGGACAUCGUUGCUGCUGCAACCAGAGAGAUGCUGGCCAAAAAGAGAGGUGAAGACACCUACUCCCCAGAUGAGAUCUUUAUUGAGGAAGAGAGUGGGGCGACAUGUCAGCUGGGACGCCGGCAUGGCAGCGGCACGAACAGCCCCUUGUGGAUCGACCAGAGCCUGAGCAGCAUGGAAUCGGAUCAGGCAUCGGUGAGGUCACCCUACGGACACCAGGCAUCAUUGCAGAUUGGUAGGAAUUUGAGCGCAGAGAACAAUUGGAGCAUGCAUGGUGGCGAUGUCCACAUGGCAUGCGAUGCAAACGUGCAUCCUUAUGAAGAAGAAUCCCCUCCGCCCUCUCCGACUGAGGUCUCCUCGCCAGAGAGGUAUCAGUGCACUAUCGCCGAUCCUGUUGCUGUUCCGCAGCGGCAUCCGCUGAAGACAUCUAUCGCCAUGCCAGUGGCUGCAGCGUUCACUCCAGAGUAUCGCGAUGUUGAGAUGACCGAGAGUGGGUGCACUUCCUCGUCGCCGGACCACUCAGGGUCCGUCCUUGAUAAGAUAUCAAGAGCAAUGUCAAUCAAGAACAAACCUAAGUUAAAACGUGAGUCAAGCACAGAGGCGGAUGAUUACUCAAGCUUAGGCAGGAGUCCUGAAACAGGGGUUGAUGAUGUUAUGGAUCGUCCCAUAAUGGUGACAGUACGUACCCAGACCUCGCCGCACGAUACGCUGGACGAUAUGGACACUGAGGAAGAGGUUCGGAAGUACGAUGUCAACUUACAGACAAGUGGUAAUGAUGGAGCUGUAUUCAUGCGUACUCCUGCACAGCGGAGAUCAAUGAACCUUGACCUAUUUAGUGGACUCGACGAAGCCUUGCUUGGCACGACAGCACCCCGACCGAAAUCAAUGCACGUCUCAUCGCACCUUGGUCGAGGGUCGGAAAGCUAUGAUGAUGAUUUUGCAGCGUUCACGACACGUUUGAGCCUUGACAAUGUCCUCUCAGAGUACGAUCACAUCCUGGCAAAAUACAACAAUCGGCCAUUAACACCGGAUUUUGAUCGUACCGAAGAUAUGUGUAAAUACGAUGGCAUGUACCCAGGACAGCGCAUAUCGAGUCCACGUCACGGUAUCACGCCCGUCACUGCCCUCAACAGUAACUGUAAUAAUACGCGUCAGAGGAGGUUACAGCAUAGGUAUAGCAUGGGGGAUGAAAUGCGUCCGGAACACUUCAAUAACCGCUACUCCUCUGUCAUAACAGACAACGGGGAGACAAGAAAACGGCUAUCGGCGGGUGCGGUCUUGGACCAUCACAACCCCGGGCAGGAGAACGACGAAGAAGUCGUGGUUGUGAGAUUACGACGCCCCAGACUGGCAUCUGGGGAGAAGAAAUUCUACGCCUCGCCGGAACGAUUCUCGAUCAACUCCCCAGAAUUCCAAGCCUCUUUCGCGGACCGCCAAAAUGGCAACACCCCUCCCGAAUCGACCAGUGACAUAAGAACUAUACACACCGACGAGGGUCAACGGCCCUUAUCGUCUGUCGACGCUGUGUAUCACGUGACCCUACCGUCACGGCCAAACAGCCAACGUAGGAGCAUUACGAAAAGUUUCUCUUUAGAUUUUCAGUCCUCCGUAUCUGAUGCUAAGAUGAGGUUAGGGGAAGAUGUGGUGAAUGACGAUACAGAUAACGACCGAUCAGCGAUGACUGUUGAUGAUAAUGCACAGUUAGACAAUCAGGAUAUUGAAAGUCACCAGGGAGAAGAUCCCAGCAGCAUUGCCUUUCAGUCGUCUCCCCAAGGUGCCUCUCGUGAAUCACCGGUAAUAGAUCGCUAUCCGAUCAUUAUCAGUGAUGAAUUAGAACUUUGAUGCUUUUAGAAAAUAUUCUAAACCUUCUAUGCUAAUUCAUGGUGCUUUAUUUUGACUUUUAAUCCGUUUUGUCCCACCCCAAAGGUAUACUUAAAGACCGUUCACCUAACAGUAGUUUGCCAGUUCGCAAAAAAAAAAAACACAUAAACAUGCUGGAAAAGUGGAGUCUUGAAAACAUCUGUACCCUUACAGAUGUGAAAAACGGCACAUCAUUUUGCUACAUGUGUUUGCACCCUGAAGUGGUGCAGUUUUCACAGAACUUGUUAUGAACUACCAGUCGUGUCCAAUACCAAUACUGAUCCCUUUGACGGUAUUGUAUUAUGAGAGUCAAAAUGUGUCAGUCGAUAACAAGUUUUGUGAUAUCGCACUUUGUAUUCUCUGCCCACUCAUAAAACAUUACUUUUACAUAAUCAAGAAGAUUAUUGGUCUAUUUAAACAGCAUUACUAAUUGUGCUUAAUCCAGAAUUUACUUUUUUUCGUGCAAGAUUUAAUUUUUCUACUUUUCAUGUAAUUAAGUUGUCUGUUGCCAGACCUCAGUUUUACAUGUAAGUAGGAUUGGGGCUGAUAUUAUUUGUUUCUUGCCCUGAAAUUUGUAAAUAGAAAUUUAAGAGGUUAUUCUUAUCCCCUUGGAUUCCGUGCCAUGUUUUAUUUUUUUAUUGUUGAAAAAUAAUUCAGGAAUCAUUUUUAACUAUCUUUGCCACUGUAUAUUUUUUGCCUUGUAGGUUGAUAAUAAUAUUUAAAAGCCAAGCAGACCUUGCCUUGUAUGCGUAGUAUGUAUCAUGCUUAAGAUUUUAAUGUGUGUAUAAGAAUGAUGGGGCAAUAGAAAACGUACAGUAAGAGUAGUAGAAUUUUGCCAACAGCCAUUAUGUUACUUUAUUAAUGAUUUUUUCCCAAAUUGAAAAGGAAAAAGCAAAGGGAGGUAGGAUAAGGAUAUUGAUAAAAGUUAUGGUGUUAAUGGUAAUAAUCAUAUUGAUCAUGAAAAUGAUAGAUAACGGGAAUAAUCAUGAUACAGUGAUAAAUGAAUCAUCUUUGCUUGUUCAGAGUGACGCAGCAAACCAAUAAACUCAAACAAACAUGCAAGCCCCACACCCUGGUAAGGACGUUCUUUGGCUCGUUGCACAAAGCUUAGCAAUCAUCAUAGAAGAAUAUCUUUACGAUUGAUUGCAUUGACUACAAUGUACAAUCGUUGUGAAAAUCAAGUGUACGAUCAAUCGCUAACAUUUUUGUGUUACGUGAUCCUGGCGUCACUUCCUUUGCCCAAUUAAAACGUUCUCAUUCUGUUGUGUCUGACAGUGUUUGUCAUACCAAUCGCAUGAUGACGGUAAUAUAAAAAAUCUGAUUUUUUUUUAUGAAUCUUCUCUGACACUUUUGAUUUUGGCCCCCAAAAAAUGUGCAUCCAUGAAGCAGCUGUUUAAAUUAUCUUGCACCACCUCUUACUGAUCACGGGUCAUUUUGUAGUCCUGAAAUAAACACAAAUUUGGGGUGCGUUUACGCUUGCUUCGAUUGCGUAGACAGAAUCAGCGUUUUCAAACGCUGUUUACAAACAGAACGCUGAUCGCAAAUGUGGUUCUGGGAGUGCUAUUUAUGCUUAAUUUUCAGAGGCAAAUUUUCGCUCUGCAUCUGGAAUCGCAUCGUAAUUUUUGUCGAGCAGCGCCAUUUUUAAAAACUUUUUUUUUCCAAGUGUUAUGGGCGACUAUUAUAUAUAUUUUGGACUAAUCACGUAUGAAAAUGCUGAUUUUGGCUUGAAAAGUGGAAGCAUAAAUACGCCCUGAGAUGGCUUGAAUGCUUCUUGGAAUUUAGUCGUUCAAUCCUUUUACUUCAUGCAAAAAUCAGCCAUUAUUUAACCUUGCUCCAUAUUAGAAAGCUUAUUCUUGCUUUAUUGUAUUUUUCUUUUGAAUUUCACCAUGAAUCCUACCAUAAAUGUUCAUGUGCGUUUUUGCAUUUAGCUUGCCAGGAAACUUGGAUUGUUGUCAUGGUUUUAAACGCAAUAUGUCCCACCUAGUAUAUAUAUUUUUUUUAUUUAUCCAUCAUUGUUCAUGCAAUUCUUAUUGCCAAGGCAUUAUUGUAUCCUAUUUAUUCAUACAUUAGUGGAUCAUUGUUUACAUGGCAUUUAAAAAAAAGGGUAUUACUGGAAUAACUGAAGCGGUAUUUAUUCAUAAGAUGCAUUUUGUUGGAUAUCAAUAUGGGGUUAUUAGUGAUGUUAUCACUCCCAUGACUAGGCACUGGCGUGAAUUCAGGCAGCAAAACUAUUUAUCGGGGGGGGGGGAUAAAUUAUUGUCUCAUCAUCACCCCAGUUAAAUAA